CGAUGAAUAGAAGGAUACUUUCAUAAGAAAAGCCCCAGAAAAUAUGAAAUCCGGAAUUCUAUCGUGUAAAAAAAGGUGGUGAAUUCACUUGUGUGCUGAUGGAGGUAAUUCUAGAACAUUGUUUCUCCACCGCUCUGGAACUUUCUGUUCCCCUCUCUUUUUGUCGAGGAUGAUUCUAAGCUUCUUAUAUAAUUAAACCCACCCACCCCUCCAAGUUGCUGCACCACCUUAAACCCCACGCCAAAACAAGCAACUUUUCUCUAGUCCAAAACAAAAUGGCAACAUCUGUCGCUCUAAGGAGAGCCACCGCUUCUCCUCUGUUUGCUAAGCUCACCAACCCUGUUCGUUCCGUCUCUGUUUUUCGUUCCUUCAACACUGAUUCUCAGUCUCAGGUCGCCAACACCGGAGGCAUUGCCCCAGGUGACUAUGGUAGGGUCGAGCUUGAUCGCCGCAGUUCCUCUGAUCGUAGCCCUGCUCGCCGUGGUGAUACUACUCCAAGUUUCUUCUCAGAUGCGUUCGAUCCACUAUUCCCAAAGAGGAGUCUAAGCCAGGUCCUGAACCUAAUGGACCAGUUCUUGGACAACCCUUUCCUUCCGGCUGCCUCACGGGGUGCUGGAGCUUCGAUUGCAAGGCGAGGUUUUGACGUGAAGGAGGACGAGAAUGGUCUUUUUAUAUGCAUGGACAUGCCUGGGCUUAGCAAAGAGGAUGUAAAGGUGAUCGUGGAGCAGAAUACCCUUGUCAUCAAAGGCGAAGAAUCGAAGGAAGGCGAUGGGAGUGGAAGGAGGAGGUACUCUAGCAGACUCGAGUUGCCUUCAAAUCUUUACAAGCUUGAUGGGAUUAAAGGUGAAAUGAAGAACGGUGUUUUGAAGUUAAGAUUGAGUGAGGUUUUAUUAUUUGACAGUUGGUUAUGUAGGGGAUGUUCUAGCUCCGUGUCUUCGUUUGUUAAUCUUUCUUUAGGGUUGCUGCUGCCGCCAUGGAAGUCCUGUACUGUGCAGACCAAAAGGUGAUGUUUAGAUGAUAAAUAAAUUGUAAAUUAAGCUCUA